AUGAACAGACCGGGUUUAAAUUUGCCAUUCAACUUUGCGCAACAAUAUCCGUACAAUGCAUAUACGAUGAAUACGCGUCAAGCGCUUGCAUCGUUGGGAUUUGAUAUGGAUGCUUUUGAGGUUGCUGAUUGCUAUGGUAAACGAUUCGGCAGAGCAACUUCGGGCGUUCCUGGCAAUCAAGCGACGGCAACAGCAGCUGCUGCGGCGCAAUAUCCUCGUUCCUAUGGAAUCGGUACUCCGCUUAUGGAUCCGUUCACUAUGCAGUAUAUGUGGAAUCCAGCGAUUAAUUCAUCAAUGUUCGGAGUCUAUGAUAAUUCUUCCAAUACAUUGGCCAGAGAAUAUUAUAAUCAAGUAAUGAAUGGACUUGCGCCAACAGUUAGCGGUAAUGGAGCAUCGAUUGGAGAUGGAAUAGCACAAUCAUCUAACGUUCAGCCUGUCAAUUUGCAGCAGUACAUUGCGGCUACGGCAUUACUUAACGGAGCGGCAAAUUUUCGCACUGAUGGAUCUGGUGAUGGACCCAAUGGCCAUUAA